AUGGAGCACCCGACGCAGUUCCAAGUGGGCUCGGCCCAACAGUCGCAUUCGGGCGCCCACCACCACCACAGGAGGUCCUCCAUACACGCUACUUCAUCGGGAGCGCCCUAUUCUAUACCGCUGAAACUGACAACACCUGUUUCAUCAUCUCCUCGUACCGCUGGUCAUUUUCACACACAGGCUCAGGCCCAAGCAGCCCAGGCGGCCCAGGCCCAGCUCUCGUCCUCGGUUCCACUGCUCUCGAGAGAGUUUGUGGUGAGAAGAAUUUCUGAAGGAGAAACGGGAAGACUCAAAGAAGAACUCAAAUGUGAAGCCUGUGGAAAGGGUUACAAGCACAUCUCUUCGCUUGCCAAACAUCUGUGGGAACACACACCUGAGUGGAACGUCACCAAAAAGCUAUUGAUCUCCAAGCACCAGCAGGUUCAACUUCUGGAGGCUGCAAGCAUCCUUUGCAGCAUGAAUGAGACUCAAGCUCGUCGUCAAUCUGUUUCUUCGCCUGAAAAGAGAUCCUCGUCUCCGGAAGACGCUCUUUCAGACAUCACUUCCAACUCCAACAACAGCGCUUCCACUACUGCAACGGCAGCAACUGCUACGAUGACUGCCUCAUCUUCUAAGAUCAAUCGCAAGAACUCGAUGUCACAAUAUCCACCAUCGACACCUUUUUUCAAGCAAGCCGCGAAUCGCAAAUCGCCUAGCCACGAGUCCACGAACGGUGGGUACCUUGAUACGACCAGUGCAGCUCCUGAGUUUUCGGCAGCGGUAUCUCAGUCCAUUUCCAAGUCUCACAGGGGUGCUGAUGGCUUGUUGAUGCCUACAGCGAACGAUGACGAGGGAGAGCAAGAUAUCGACCAGACGACGAGAUUUGCGCCAAGGUCGGACGAGGUCAUUGAAGAUGAUGACGAAGACACGGGAGUCUUUGGGGAGAUGGAAUAG